CACGCUGCCUCUGGUACGAGAAAAUUCUGGUUCUGGGUGAGACGGGCUUUUAAGCCCAUUGUCUCUCACCUAAUACCUUCUCCUCUGGUACACCCAACUUUUACAUCCCACUAAAAAAAAAAAAAAAAAAAAUACUAGAGUCUCUAGACUAGACUAGACUAGACUAGAGGAGACUCUCUCACUGCGCCGCUCUCUCACUACUUCCCAUUUUUAACUCACAUUGGGGCCAGAACAGGAGCAAAUUACUGAACACAUUCCGUCAUUGUAAACCAAAUGCUUAUCAUCAUUCCGUUCUCCCCACAAUAGAUACGGUGUUUUAGCAGGCUUUUGUGACUUUUAAAGAAGUUGAUGCAAGGCAUGGGCUCAGAAGGUGAAAAUGGAACUCCUGGAAGCUCAGUCCAACCACCAUUUGAUAACCAGCAUUUUUUGCUCAAUUUCAUCAUGAGCACUUACUUUGGUCCUGAUGUCAAGUCUGAUAACCCAAGGUGCUCAGCACUUCAAAAAUUAAAUGAAGGUUUAGCAACAUAUACGUUGAGCGAUCUCUGCCCUUCAUAUGUCAGCAUUUCUCUAUUGGAGAGCUUAUAUUACUAUGUCCUGAGGAAAGCUAGUCCUAGCCUUGUCUUAAAACCAAAUAUGUUGCAUAUGUACCUAAAGGGAACCCUUCCUUCCCCAAGCUCAGGGUUGAUAGAAGAAAGUAAGCAGUUCACUAGUCUUUUCCCUUUGAAUCUUCAUAAACAGAUAUGGUUCCCUGCAAGCUUCAGGAUUGUGAAGGGAAUUGUUCUUAUUUGUGAUCCUAUUACAUCAUCUAUGAAAGAGGAGGAUCUGGAAAGGUUCAGAUCUUUAGCUGGUAUUGAUAAUUUGAAAAUAGACAUAAAUGAAGCCCUAUGUUACAAGUAUGAGUACCAAGCUGGCAACGAUGGUGAGCAGAAUUACAUGAAUGGUAGUGUGGAGAAAGCUGCAAAAUACUCUGCCAAUGGAAAUGGUAAUUCAUCAACAAGAUUUCGACAAAAAUACAUGAGAAGGCACCGCAAUGAUCCUCCGUCAACACCAGCAUUUCCCCAUGUAGUUCCUGUGUCAAAACAUCAAAGUAAAAGAGGAACUUACGAGAGGACUUGUAAAUUAGAUGGACCUGUCAUGAUGCCUCUUCUCUCUAUUCCAAAUGUAGAAGAUUGUAACUCGCAUGCUUCUAUUGUUUUGGGUGGGACUGCUAGAAAGGGGAAAAUUGGACCACCUAUUGGUGCUGUGGACAUUGGUAUCAGCAAAGCUGCAUAUUUAUUCCGAGUUGCUCUACCGGGAGUUAAGAAGGAUUUUUGCCCGUUCAGCUGUGAGAUUGAAUCUAACGGCAAGGUUCAUCUCCAAGGGUCAACAGCUGGUGGAAGAACUAUAAAGAAACGGUCGCGUGUUUUUGAGAUGGAAUUCCAGCAAUUAUGCCCACCUGGACCAUUCACGCUCUCUUUCAGUCUUCCAGGACCUGUUGAUCCAAGGCUGUUUGCUCCUAACUUCAGAUCUGAUGGCAUUUUCGAAGCUGUUGUUCUAAAACAUGAGUGAUGCCUUGGCUUUUUAAGUAGAUGGUCAGUUCUGGAAUCAUAAACAAUGGAGUACAGCCCUUGUUGUAGCAUGUUCUGGAGUAGAAUUGGCUCAUGUGGUUCCUAUGCUAUUUAACUGUCCAUAGUGUGAUAAAGCGUAAUGGAGGAAGUACUAACCCUGGUGCUCGGAUUUUGAAUGUCAUGUCUGAUUACUGAUGGUCUGCUAAUAGCUGGCAAAGAUGCAGAGAAACAUUUGCAUGUAAGUAAAGCAAAAUAAGGAGAUUAACUGCUGAAAAUGUGUACAAUGCCUACUGUAGCUAAUUUGCAAUUUAUGAGCUGCAACUUUGCAUACUACUAUUUGUGUGUUUACUGUUUUAUGCGGGUUGUUUGGGGAGAGCUAUACAUCUGCUGCUAAUUGGAGGAACUAUAGUUCACUAUUGUUCGGAUGUGGCUUUAUUCCAGUUCAAGCUUGAUAAACAGGAGCUUUUCCUGUCACACCUCGUACCUAAAAAAAAAAAAUGAUAAUUUCAUGUGAAGAUUUAAUUUUUCAGGAAUUUAAAAGUGUACAUGGUGUCAUGUUAAGUAAAAUUAAUUAUCGUACUUAAUUUGA